AUGAACGUCGGUGGAGGUCGAGACGUUGUUGGCAACGACGUUUCGAGUUCAAGAGGGCGAUUGCGGGACCAGGGUCGGCCUGUUAUGCUCGUGGGCUGCAUUGCUGCACAGGCGAUAAACCAGUAUAUAGCCAUCAUUGUUGGCGAAUCGAGUCCGCUCAUGCCAACAAGAAUGCCGCAUGCCUACAACGUCCUUGACUGGUAUUUUAUCACCGAUAUUUGGGCCGAGAGGGACGAAAACGGUUUCAAGUAUUGGAAAAUUCGGCUUCAGGUUGCCGACCUGGAGAAGAGCCCUUGGUGGUCCCCGCCGGUUCGGAUGGGCUGUUAA